AUGGCCCAGAUCAGAGGCCUCAAUGCUCAUGAUCGCCCGCCAGAGGCUGUCCGGCAAUGUUACAAGAAGUAUACCAAACUUCCCUUGUCGGACAUCGACAAUGACCCCGGAAUUCUCGACCUGCAGCGGAUCGACCCGGACCAGCUUCCCGAGAGCAUCACUAUCUCGCAGUAUAUGUCCAGUCAAAAUCUCCGGCUUGCAUUCGAUGAUUUCAUUCGCGGAGGGCACGCCUCGGACCAAGAGCAUGCUCCUUUGGCAGAGAAUAUACCGGUUUUCACCCACAAUGCAGUUUCCGGCCUCUUGAUGAUUCCCUCCCUAUUCCCGCCUACCGUCCAGGUCGAAUUGCUAUCUCGUCUACUCCAUCGAGAUCUCCCUAAUCCCGAGCACAAGACCAAUCUCCACCUUCAUUACGACGUCACAUAUCCCGGAAGGUCGCAAAAUCCGGAUGCCCCGCAAUCAUUCUUCGCAGAUGACCCAAUGAGGCUACUGCAGCCGAAGGACUCCCAGAUGCAUAAACCUCUCAGCAUCCAGAGCGUCUUGGAAAAGAAGUUACGCUGGGUUACACUGGGUGGUCAGUACGAUUGGACCGCCAAAAGGUACCCAUCCGAAGCCCCGCCACCCUUCCCACAGGACGUUGCGAAGCUGUUAAAGGCCGCAUUCCCGGACACGGAUGCCCAAGCAGCGAUCCUGAAUCUAUACUCUGCCGGAGAUACUCUCAGCGCGCAUCGAGACGUAAGUGAAGAGUGUGACAUAGGCCUCAUCAGUGUGAGCUUUGGCUGCGAUGGUCUAUUUCUGAUUAGCCAUGAUGAUGGGAAUGGCGCAGAGAUCAUUCGGCUCCGGUCGGGCGAUGCUGUGUACAUGAAUGGUACGUCGCGGUUUGCCUGGCAUGGCGUGCCAAAGAUCUUGCCAGCCACCUGCCCCAACUGGCUCGCAGACUGGCCAUCGCUUGUAGACGAUGCGUCCGGCCCUGCACCUGCGCCCUAUCAGAUGUGGAAAGAAUGGAUGUCCGGGAAACGGAUCAACCUGAAUGUGCGGCAGAUGAUCAGUGCUGCUCCAUGA